UCCAGAGCUUGCCCAAUGGAUGGUUGAAUCCUGCUAGUAUCUACACACUCAGGUGAUAUUGUUUAUGUGUAAAACUAGGUACCCGCCUACCUGCAUUUACUCAUCUAAAUUUGUGCAGGCUCAGCUCUUUAUUCAAGGGGAUUUAGCAUCAAAAGAUAAUGCUGCUGCGGAUCCAGUCGCCGGAGGGCACGCGGCGCGUGGAGGUCCGCUCCGGCGCCUCCACCAGCAGGCUGUUCGAGAAGGUGAAGGAGGCAUUUGACCUGAGCAGCUUCUCGUUCGCGAUCUACAAGUCACGUGGACAAAAGGAUGAGAUCGUCGCCAGCAAAUCUAAAAAGGUGGACGGGCACCAGCUGCACCACGGCGACAUGCUGUACAUGGUGCCGCUGUCGGCCGACCUGUUCCCGUCCACCAGCGAGAACAUGGAGACACAGAGCGAGCCUGAGAGCAAGGCCUCGUCCACCACCGCCUCACUGCGGGAGAGCCGAUCGCAGGCGUCGCUGGUGGCCAAGAGUGACGUGGAGGAGGAGCUGGUGGACCAGCUGCUGUGGCGGCAGGACGGCAAGAUCCCCCGCGCCCGGGACGAGCGGCUGUGUCGACACGGCCCGAACGGCCGCUGCAUCCACUGCAGCCCGCUGGAGCCGUACGACGCCACAUACCUCAAGGAUAACAACAUCAAGCACAUGAGCUUCCACAGCUACUUGAGGAAGCUUACUGGUGGCGUGGACAAGGGCAAGUUCGCUGCGCUGGACGACCUCAGCUGCAAGAUCAAGCCCGGCUGCACGGACCACCCGCCCUGGCCCAAGGGCAUCUGCUCCAAAUGUCAGCCCAGCGCCGUUACGCUGAACAGACAGACGUACCGGCACGUGGACAACGUGAUGUUUGAGAACCCCGCGCUGGUGGAGCGCUUCCUCAAUUACUGGCGCGUCAGCGGUCACCAGAGAGUGGGCAUCCUGAUCGGCAAGUUUGAGGUGCACAAGGACGUGCCGCUGGGCAUCAAGGCCACCGUCACCGCCAUCUAUGAGCCGCCGCAGGAGAGCAGCCGGGAACACGUGCGCCUGCUGGAGGACCCGCAGUCGGCGACGGUGGACGAGCUGAGCGGCGCGCUCGGCAUGCAGCGCGUCGGCUGGAUCUUCACCGACCUGAUCGCCGAGGACAUAGCCAAGGGCACGGUGAAGCACCUGCGCGGCAUGGACACGUGGUUCCUGUCGGCGCAGGAGUGCAUGAUGGCGGGCCACCUGCAGGCGAUGCACCCCAACCCCUGCCGCCUGGCACCCUCCGGCUACUUCGGCUCCAAGUUCGUCACCGUCGUCGUCUCGGGUGACCGCGAGAACCAGGUGCACAUGGAGGGCUACCAGCUGAGCAACCAGGGCACGUCUCUGGUACGUGACGGCUGUUACGUGCCCACCAAGGACGCGCCGGAGCUGGCCUGGAUCCGCGAGUCCUCCAACCAGCAGUACGUGCCGGACGUCUUUUACAAGGAGAAGGACGGCUACGGCAACGAGGUGACGAAGCUGGCGCGUCCGCUGCCGAUCGCCUACCUGCUGGUGGACGUGCCGGCCUCCACGCCGCUCGAGCCCGUCUACACCUUCCGCCUGCCGCCGGCGCCGCGCUCCCAGUUCCCCGUGGAGAACAGGCUGCUGGACGGCCACAUGCAGAACUUCUCGGCGCUCUCGGCGUACCUGCACCGGGUGACCGAGGACGACUUCCUGUCGGCCGUCAGCGACUUCCACGUGCUGCUCUACCUGGCCACCAUGGACACUGUACACAUCAAGGCCGUGCUGCCGCCGCUGCUGUCGGCCGUGCGGCAGCAGGACCAGCUGCUGGCGCACGAGUUCUACAACGGCGUCGAGUGGCAGACGGUGCUGCAGCUGAUGGAGGCCUCCUCGGCCUCGGCGACCGGCUCCGGCGCCCAGAUGUCUCAAUCAGUGGGCGCGGACGCCUGGCCCUGCCAGCACUGCACGUUCCUGAACCGCGCCGAGAGUGCCAGCUGUGAGAUCUGCCAGCUACCCAAGAUGUAGGCGCGCGAAGUGUGGCGGGCCUGCGCUCCGCCGGUCGGUGACCCGACACCCCAGCGGCUCAGUGAUGACCGGCCGGUGUCCUGCGGUGACCUGGCCGGGCUCUAGUGACCCACGUUUGACCCGCCGCUGACCCGCUGUCGCCGGACGCGCCCGGCCGCCGGAAGGCGCACGCCGUUCGGUCGCGGGCGGCGGCCGGCGUGUCGUCGAGCCAGUGCCGCCGCCGCAGUGGCGGCUGUGUGUCUCCGGAGCGACCUCAGGGCCGAGGCCGGUCACAGGUCAUGCCAAGCACGUCGCCAGCCGGCAGUGUUCUCUGGGCUCACAAGUGAGCGGCCGGCCGGCGGCGCCGGGCGGGAUUGCAGCUGUGCUGCGUGUGUUAGCGCUCGUCCCGGCAGUUCGGGAGGCCGGUGACGCGUUUGUGCACUUCUCAAUACAUUGUACCGAG